GGCGGGGAAGGUGGGGGGAGGAUCUCCCGCUGCCCAGAGGGCCGCCCCGGGCUGCCCCUGGGUCCUAAACUCCCUGCUCCCGAGCAAACCGGGCCCGGCCUCUCUCCAAAACGCUGCUCACCCCAGCGUCCCGCCCCGUGAGGCCCAGUCUGGGGACAGUCCGAGGUCUGUCUUCACUAGAGCCGCGGCGCUGCGGCCCCCGAAGUCUCUAAGCGUCAAGGGAACGGGCCAAGGGCUGGGGAGGGAUGUCUGAGGGCAGUCCUGACCCCUUGGACAAUGGGCCUAAGAGAGUUAUGAGGACCGACCGCCAGACCGUCAGCGAUCGGGACACGGCUGUCCCGGCGGCCUCAGUUUCGCGCGAGGUGGGCCAGCCGCGCUCCAGCAGGAGCCGCUACAAGACUGGCCGAGCACUUCGUACGCAAGUCCGACUCGGCAGCAUCCCGCGCAGCAGGGACCAGGGGAAGGGAGAGAGGAAGAGGGAACUUCGAUCACUGCGAGGGUGUCGGGGAAGGGGCGGUAGGGUCCCGAUCUUGGGGCAGCAACAGAAGAGCCCAAACGUACAGGGCCGCGGGGCAUGAGGGCGUCGGGGUGCCUGCGGGCCCUUGGGGCGUUUGUUGAGCGUCAGCUCUCAGGACUCUGGGCGUCAGGAGACAGGGGCGCCAGGGCGCGCUGGGCGCCGGGGGCGGGGUGCCCGCUGGGUGCCGCAGUGCCGGGCCGCGCCCGAGGCUGGCUGCGCCGAGGUGACAGGGAGGCGGGGGAGGGGGCGCCUCUUAACGGGUAAAUAUAAAUCAUACCUUGUCUGCCUCCGCACGCUCUUCACUAAAUUCAGCCCAGGAAAAAGAUGGAUCAUGUGAGUGGGACUGAGAGGUUUAUGGAGCUGAGCUCCCGCGGCUGUAAAUCACCCUGCCCUCCCCGGUAUAAAGCGCCCGUCCAUCCCGGCGUUAGAGAGAGGACACACUCGCCGCCCCCUGACCCCCAGCUCAGCGCGGGCUCCCGGCCCAGCCAGUGACCCCUCCAGCCUCCUCCAGUCGCCUCUGCCAUGUCCGAGGAGCUGCCCACGGGCCCCAAGGAGAGCCCGCCGGCACCGCGGGCAGCCCCCCGCGAGGUGUGGAAGAAGGGCGGCCGCCUGCUGUCCGUGCUGCUGGCCAUGAACGUGUUGCUCCUCGCCUGCACGCUUAUCAGCGGCGGCGCCUUCAACACGGUGGCGGUGUACGACACCGACGUGUUCGCCCUGCUCACCACCAUGAUGCUGCUGGCUGUGCUCUGGAUCCUCUUCUACCUCCUUCGCACCGUGCGCUGCCCCAACACCGACGCCGUCCCCUACCGGGACGCGCACGCGGGCCCCAUCUGGCUCCGAGGUGGGCUGGUGCUGUUUGGGAUCUGCACUCUCGUCAUGGAUGUCUUCAAGACCGGCUACUACUCCAGUUCCUUUGAGUGCCAGUCAGCCAUCAAGAUCCUGUACCCUCUCACCCAGGCUGUGUUUGUCAUUGUGCAGACUUACUUUCUCUGCAUCUCCGCUAAAGAUUGUGUUCACAGCCACCUGGACCUGACUCGAUGUGGUCUCAUGUUCACGCUCACCACCAACCUGGCCAUCUGGAUGGCAACCGUGGUGGAUGAAUCGGUGCACCAGGCCCAUUCCCUCGGCAGUCCUCACGGCAACACCAGCCAUACCCGCCUCGCUCUGGAAUCGGAGCGUGCGGGCGGCCCAGUCGGAGAAGACUGCUCCUGCAACACGGACGUCUGCCAGAUCUUCCAGCAGGGCUACUUCUACCUGUACCCCUUCAACAUCGAGUACAGCCUCUUUGCUUCCACCAUGCUCUACGUCAUGUGGAAGAACGUGGGCAGGCUGAUGGCCUCCUCUACCCACGGCCACAGCCACACCCCAUCCCUGCUCAGCCUCUUCCGGGAGACCUUUUUUGCCGGCCCGAUCCUGGGUCUGAUGCUUUUCGUCGUGGGGCUGGCCGUCUUCAUCAUCUACGAGGUCCAAGUGAGUGGGGAGAGGAGCCGCACCCAGCAGGCCCUGGUCAUGUACUACACCUUCAACAUCGUCUGUCUGGGGCUCAUGACCUUGGUCAGCCUGAGUGGCUCAGUCAUCUACCGUUUUGACCGCCGGGCCAUGGACCACCGUAAGAACCCCACUCGCAGCCUGGACAUGGCUCUGCUGGUGGGUGCCGCCCUGGGCCAGUACGCCAUCUCCUACUACUCUAUCGUGGCUGCAGUGGCGGGCACACCCAGGGAGCUGCUGGCGGGGCUCAGCCUGGCCCACGCUCUGCUCAUGAUCGCCCAGCACACCUUCCAGAACGUUUUCAUCAUUGAGAGCCUCCACCGGGUUCCCCCCGGGGCUGAGCCUCAUGGUACUCCCCCCAAGGAGCCCUGCCACGGCCUCACCUUUGCCAACCUGGACACCCUCCACACCUUGCCUGCCUGCCCACCCACCCCCAGGCUGGUUGGCCCCAGCCCAGCAGGACCUCAGGGAGCAGUGAGCAUCACCUUGGCCCCCAGGGGCCACUGGAGAUACCGGUGCUUGAAGGACAUUUCUCUGUUUCUCCUGCUCUGCAACAUCAUCCUGUGGAUCAUGCCCGCCUUCGGGGCCCGCCCCCACUUCAGCAACACCGUGGAGGUGGACUUCUAUGGCUACUCCCUCUGGGCAGCCAUCGUCAACAUCUGCCUGCCCUUCGGCAUCUUCUACCGCAUGCAUGCUGUCUCCAGCCUGCUGGAGGUCUACAUGCUGUCCUGAAGCCCCGCUAGAGACGUGGGGAGGAGGGGCUCAGCUCAUGCACCCACCCAGAGACCCCCGGGGAAUGAAUCCCAGGCUGGCAGUCACUAUGCCACGUAACUACCCAUUCCCCCGCUGGCCUCAGAGUGGAAUUUUCACAAAAGUUAUUUUUCCAGGAUGAGUUUUUAAAUCACAAUCAGGACGUGCAUAUC